AUGGCGACGGCUGGCAUGCGCGUGCUGGUGCUGGCAGCGCUGGCAGUGGGGCUGCUGGCGGCGGCGGUGAGUGGAGCGCGCGACGCCAUGAAGGUAGCCAGGGGCCUGGUCCCCACGGACGGUGGGGGCGGUGGGGUGGCUGGCGGGGCGGCGGCGGGGCAGCAGAGGAAGGGCGCGCGCAUUCUGGCGGCUGAGACCUUUGCUCACCACGCCCCUCUGCCCGACUACCUCGACCACAUCCCCCACCGCCAGGCCCUCGCCACCUGUACGUGCUUCUACUCCCUCCUCUCCCUCUCUUCCCUGCCUUGGUUCCUUUGGUCUGCUGUUCCUUUCUUCUCACAGCGCGUUCCUGCUCCCCUUCCCUCUCAUUUCUCUUCUCUCCUUGGCUCUCAUUUCUCUGCUCCCCUUGGCUCUCAUUUCUCUGCUCCCCUUGGCUCUCAUUUCUCUGCUCCCCUUGGCUCUCAUUUCUCUGCUCCCCUUGGCUCUCAUUUCUCUGCUCCCCUUGCCUCUCAUUUCUCUGCUCCCCUUGACUCUCAUUUCUCUGCUCCCCUUGGCUCUCAUUUCUCUGCUUUCCAUGGCUCUCAUUUCUCAGCUCCCCUUACGUCUCAUCUGCUGCUCCCCUUGGCUCUCAUUUCUCUGCUCCCCCUCUCUCCGUGUGGGCGCACGACGGUGACGAUCCGCUCGCAGUACCUGGGGCCGUACGACCUGCACAACGACAUCUACAACAUGACCUUCUACAACGGCUGCGCCUACAACGUCACCAGCCCGCUGCGCGUGUGGCAGUGCUUCAACUUCUACAACAUUUGGGAGGGCGUCCUCGACAACCCCGCGCCCAACCCCACGCAGUACCAGCAAGGCGAAAUCUUCGUGCAGACGCUGCCGGGGUACUGUGAGAUGCGCAUGAACCGUGGUGCUAGCGGCACGCUUCAGAUGCUUCCCGGGGAGACGGUGAACAUUGUGUAUGCGCAUUUGUGGGACUUCCGGCCCUGCGUGCAGGAGCUGCGCUUCGGCAACGGCAACAGCUACUCCAUGACCAACACCACCGAGUGCCAGCUCGCCAAGGUCAUUUAG